AUGGAGCUAUCCCAGCUGCCCACGAAAGUGAGGGCAUAUCCUGCUGUUGUAAAGGGCAACGUCCUGGAUGAUGUGAAGAGAGUUGAGCAGGAGUAUGCUGACAAAAAUGUCUUUCACCUUCCAGAAGGAAAGAAACGCAGAGUAAAAGCAACACUGAAAGGGACUGAUCUGAAGGUGGUUGGGAUUGACUUUCUCAAGAGCGAGAACUGCCUCCUGCACCACACGGAUGCCUACAACAUCAAGAACCUGGUGGUGCGGCGUGGGCAGGCCUUCAAGCUGCAGCUCUCCUUCAGCAGGGAGCUGCAGGCUGCUGACAAGCUGGCGCUGCGUUUUGGCCUCGGUGAGAAGCCGAUGAAACUCAGGGGGACUCUGAUGUCGCUGAACCCGAGGCGGGAGCAGGACCUUGGUGGCUGGCAAAUCUCCAUCCUCAAGAACAGCGGCAAAGAGUGCUUGCUGUCUGUCACCAGCUCGCCCAAGGCCCCAGUGGGAAAAUACAUGCUGAACGUGAAGACUGGAACUAACAUUUAUAAGCCUGAAAAUGAUGCUGUCUACCUUUUAUUCAACCCUUGGUGCAAAGAUGACGUUGUCUUCCUGGAUGAUGAGGCGAAGAGAAAGGAGUACGUUCUCAAUGAUACAGGCUUAAUCUAUGUUGGGUCUGCAUACAGCAUAUACCCUAGACCCUGGAAUUUUGGGCAGUUUGAGGAAUUCGUCUUGGAUGCCUGCAUGUAUAUGCUGGACAAAAGUGAACUGAAGUUGAGCCGUAGAAGGGAUCCUGUGUCUGUGUCCAGAGUCAUGUCUGCUUUGGUUAAUGCCAACGAUGACAAUGGUGUCCUGCUAGGGAACUGGUCAGGGAACUACAUCAGUGGAACCUCCCCUAUGGAUUGGAUUGGGAGUGUCACAAUUUUGCAGAAGUAUUACAAAACCAAGCAGCCAGUCCGUUAUGGUCAAUGUUGGGUCUUUGCAGGAGUCCUCACUACAGUGAUGCGCUGCCUGGGGAUCCCAUCCCGCUGUGUGAGUAACUUCAACUCAGCACAUGAUACAGACGAGAACCUAAGAGUUGAUGUUUACCUGAAUGAACGUGGAGAAAAACUGAACACGAGGUCCCUCGACUCCAUCUGGAACUUCCAUGUGUGGAAUGAUGUCUGGAUGAAGCGGACAGACCUGCCGACAGGGUUUGAUGGCUGGCAGGCAAUUGAUGCAACCCCUCAGGAGCAAAGUCAAGGUAUUUUCCAGUGUGGUCCCUGCCCACUGAAGGCUGUCCGAGAUGGGGAUGUGUAUUUGCCCUACGACAGCAAGUUUGUGUAUGCGGAAGUGAAUGCUGACAGAGUCUACUGGAUCGUCAGGAAGGUGAAUGGCAAGGAGAAAUACACCAGGAUUGGCACAGAGACCCAAGGCAUCGGCGUGAACAUAAGCACAAAAGCUGUGGGGGAGGACAAGCGAGAGGACAUCACCCUUGAGUACAAGUUCCCUGAAGGCUCUGAAGAGGAAAGGAAGGCUAUGGAGAAGGCUUGCUCCUUCCUACGCCCUUCAAUAUUUGUCCCCCGGGGACGCUUCGCUUCGGCUCUGCCUGUGGAUGACAUGCUCUCCAGGCCUGAGGUCCUGCAUGAGACAGUCUCCAAGACAGGGCUCCAGCUUGAGAUAUCCAAUACAGAAGCUUUGUAUCCUGGAAAUCCCCUUGAACUGGCCAUCACAGUGAAGAUCUCUGCUCCUGGAAGCUGGACCAUCAAUCUUACUGGCUCCUGCCAGCUACAGUCCUAUACUGGGAAUGUUGUGGCCAACCUUGGCUAUGUCAAGGAGGCUGUCAUCCUUGAAGGAAAAUCUGAGACACAGAUCCCUCUGAGAAUCCCAGCCGACGUGUACAUGAACACUCUGGCCUUGGUGGAAGAUGAAGUGCUCAUCCACGUCACUGCCAUUGCUGAGGUGGAGGGGACAGAUGACAAGCUCACCAAGGACACGGCGAUGCGCUUCGAGUACCCGCCCAUCGUCAUCCAGAUGCCAGAAACAGCCAGACUGAAUGAGGAGUUCACCUGUGCCUUCAUCUUCAAGAACAAGCUGAACGUGCGCUUGGACAACUGCAAGCUGAUGGUGGAGGGCUUGGGCUUAUUUAAGAUGUCAACAUUUGAUGAGGGGGAUAUAGAGCCUGGUAGGAUCAUUAAGUCUCAAAUAAUAUGCACUCCAACAAGACUAGGAGAGAAGAAAAUAGUAGCCAAGCUGACUGCAGCCCAGAUCAAAGGAAUCUCUGCAGAGAAGACCAUCACCAUCACCCCAUAG